AUGAGCCCAAGAAACGUCGAGUUUCGCACUCUUGAUGGAUUGGCACUGCGAGGUUUAUUUUACACGACAGGGAAACCGCAGCAGCCCUGUAUUAUUAUGACCCACGGCUUUGCUGGCCGCAAAGAGCAGUUCUUGCCGGACUUUGCGGAGCGGUUCCUUGACGCCGGCUACGCGGUUCUUUUGUACGAUAAUCGGAACUGGGGUGAGAGUGAAGGCACGCCUCGCAAUGAGGUGGACCCGUUCUACCAGGCGCGGGACUACUUCCAGGCCUUCAAUUACGCAGCAUCACUCUCCGAGGUUGAUCAGACGAAGAUCGUAUACUGGGGGACUAGCAUGUCAGGAGGCACUGCUCUUUAUGCGGCCUCUAUCGACAAACGCAUCCGAGGUGUUAUAGUACAGGUUCCUUUCGUGACAGACGAAUAUCUUCAGGCACGGCAAAGGCAGAUUCUUCCGUUGCUUUCCUCGACUCAGCCACACACCGAAGGAGGAAGCGCUCCGGCAAUGCUAAAUACCACCGCGGAGAGCGUAGAAGAGGCAACGAGUGGUCUCUCCCGCGCUGCACUUCCGCAUCCGGACGUCUUUGUUUUCCUGGACGAGAUAAAGCGGCGAGGAAUCGUCCCUCUCGAAAAGCAGGUCACCCUCCAGUCGCUUCUGAAUCUCAGCAAUUUUGAUCCGAAGUCGUUCCUCCAUCGCAUAGCUCCUACCCCUCUGCUCAUGGUUGCUGUCGACAACGAUGUUACGGUCCCGACUCUAUCGCAACUGCAGGCCUUUCAGAUAGCCCUUGAGCCAAAGAGUCUUGCUAUCAUCCGUGGUGCAGGGCAUUUUGAGGUCUAUAUCGGCGAGAAGUUCGAGGAAAACGUUGCCAUCCAGCUCAAGUUCCUUGACAGCCUCUUUUCAGAGAAAUAG